AGGUAUGGAGGUACAUUUCUCAGGACCCUCUUGCAGCACCCCCAGUCAGUAUGCGGACUGCUGAUAGGUUCUCUUCCCAGGAUGUAGUCAGUGCUAUGCUGGGUACUGAUGCUUUGCUACAUCUCGAGGAGGGGGACUACGCCACUUACCGUCAUACAUACCUGAUGCCUCCAUUGACAGGAGUUCGCACCCCGAUGAUGAGGUCUGCUGGUAUGCCAUCCUCGAGCCAGGCCCGGGCUCGGGCUGCAGAUGCCCCUUCCACCAGCAGGGCUGGCACAUCGAGAGGUGGGGGUAGAUCAGUUCCUCCGAUUCCUCCGACUCUUCCUCAUCCUGGGUGGCCGGAUAUGCCGACUGAGCUGAUGAGGUGGCAGUUUGGGACUACCUCUCCGAUUUCGAUCCCGAUUGAGCCUACGAUGCCCGGUCAUCGAUAUGUCAUUGAUCCCGACUCACCGCCGCCACCCAGAGAGUACAUGGAGGAGGUGAUCGGAUUGGUAGCCUCACUCGAGGGCAUG